AUGGCACCCCAGUUUGCUUCCAGCAGAGCGACAUCGCUCAGCGUAGAUCGCUUCAGCACUGCAAGCGACCGUCGCCAUUCCUCUUCAUCUUCCACACACCAGCAGCGUCCGCAGAUCAACGAGCGUCCCAUCACCCUAUGGACUCACGAUCCACCCAACUUUUCACGCAAUGAGGUCGUCUUGAAUCCAGAGUACUCUCUCCCUCGCCUUGCCGAAUCCGAUCUUCUUCAGCUCACCUUGCCAGCUGGUUCCAGAUUACCCCACAACAGCAUUCCUUUCGGCCCAAAAGAUCGACGCUGCAAGUUCUCCACCAAGGCCACCUUUGUCUUUCGUGCUGCUCAGGCAACAGCUGAUGCCGACUUUGUCGCCCGUCAGCCCCAGCUUCAGAUCAGCGUAUCCAAAAACAUAGCCAACAACUACGGCUUUUAUAAUCGGGCAGAAGCCAUACUCACCCGCGUGACCAAGGAUGACUUCACCAUCGACCAUGUCGAGCUUUAUUUCAGGGAUCAGUAUGUCGGCCGUGCAGAGAUGUGGAGAGUCUUUCAGAAUCUCGAAGAUACCUGCGUCUACUGUGGCCAAAAAGUCACCCUGGCCGGCAGCGUGAGAGCCACGAUUGGUCGCAUCUUUAUCAAGGAAAAGAAAGUCACCAGUGGCUAUGUAUCCGCCUCAACAAAGGCCAUCUUCAGGUCAGAGUCGGCAAAGUACAAUCUCUUCAUCCAGUUGUCGAGAGAGAUGUGGGAGUUUGACGAAGAUGGCGAGAUCUACUACGAAAAGGCGCUCCAAGGUUUCAUCCCGGAGCUGCUCAGGCGCUGGAGAGCCGUCCCCACCAACCACAUCUUGACGGUGAUUCUCUUUGCUCGUGUCCACUACGACGAAUCGGAGAUCCACAUGCUCGAAGGUCCGAUUCGUCAAGAUGCUCGAGGAAAGUACUAUAUCGACUACUACAAAGUGGUGGUCGAUCUCGAAUCCAAUUGCAAUUGGGAUGCCGUCAUGACUACGCUCAAAGAAGAAUUCUUCCGCUUCCAGCAUGAUAUCUUGCUCAUACGUCGACCCAUCUCUGGUCCAGCUGCGUCGCACGAAGAACUGCACGCCGAUCUUAUUCGCGACCGUGUCCACAUGGCCGGCCGCAUCUCGUCCUCGUACGAAGGCAAUCUACUCGAAGCCAUCAACUUGGCGCUCAACCCGUUCGACGAGCACUACAUCGAUCGAGAUCUCAACCGCACCGGCUUAUCCAUGGUCUUUCUUACUGCUGGAACGGGUCACUUCGACGUCGACAAGAAGCUGCUACGUAUCACAACCGAGCGCAUGAUCGAGAAUGGUACCGGCUUGGAUCUCGUCUGCCUUACAAAGAUGCCUCUGCAUUCGGUGCCCUUGUUCCACUUCAAGUCACAUUAUCCAGAUCCGAGCGAGCUCAAGCAGAGUCAAGCCGCAGCCCACAACCGUUCUCAGCGCCGAACCGGUCCUGGUGCCGGCCCAGGCAUGACCGUCCACCGGCCUGGUCAGCCUGCUUUGCUGUCUCGCCACUCCUCCUCACGUCUGGCUGCAGUAAAUUCGACUCCAGCCAAUCCUCCCGACCCGCUCUACUUUGAUUCCAGAAAGCCGGUGGAAGAAGAAGACGACUUCUACUCCAUGCCACAUUGGAUCGAUUGCAGCUUCUACAAUUUACAGCAGGACAAACCUUUCCGCGCCGAUCGCUUCGUGCCUCGUUGCAAGAUGUACGACGUGCAGAUGAUGGGCUUUAUGGAGAACCAGAUCUCUGACAUUGCUAUCCCGUAUCUGGACCUCAAGCCCGUCAACAAGGCUUCGUCGCUUCAUUCUUCCUUCUACCUCCCUCGUCAUGUCGGACCAUCAAGCUCCGGCUUUCACUCUGAACCUCGCAAUAGCGAAGUGUCGGAUCUGGCGCUCGUCGGCCUUUCGCCCAAACAGCAGAGACGCAUUGCUAGAGAGCGAUUCGACGCAGAUGUGUUCCGCAAUGUCUCGCCAUACCUCAAGCCCAAUCCCUACAGGCUGCUCAAUGCAGCUGCAGGCACAAGCGGGUUUAUCGACAGCCCAGUGACGAGCGACAUGCAUCGACCUGGCUUGCGUCGCAAUCCAAGCUCAGGAUAUGGUGGCAUACCGACGACGAAUGCCAAUUCGGCUGCUUCCUCCAUAUCGCCCGGCAAAGCUGGUGCCAGUCGACCGCCCGUUCAGCAAACGCGGUUGUCCAAGCUGGGCCGAGAAGCAUCUUUGCGCGAGGACGAGGCGGACCAAGAUGCCUCGGCACCGCCUUCGCCUGAGAAGCCGCGUUUCAACGUGCUCGAUGAGCCUCUGGCGAGACCCCCGCUGGCGAGACCCAUUUCGCAUAUUGUGACCUCCACCACCAAGCCAAAAUCGCGAGCAGGAUCGAUCCGAUCAGUCAACACGUUUUCGAGAGGCUUUAUGCCCAUGGAGCCGAUCGGCAAAGCUAUGGCGAUCGUCGCAUCUACCGAUGCGCUGCUUUCUGCCACCUCGCAUACGUUUGAUGAGCAGGAGCUGGAUGCUGCGGCGGCGAAACAGUACAACGAGGCUGAUGACAGUGUGAGCUCAUUAAGAUCGCCGGCGCAGUUGAAAGCGAAAGGCUACAGCUGGCUGUGGAAGACGUUGACCGGCUCGACAUCGUCACGGUCCGCAAGCUCGGAACGUUCAGGCGACUUUGACGGCGGUCAAGGCGCGAAAGAUUUUUCGACGCCCGCCACGCGCAGCAUGCAGGAGGUGUUGAGUGCACAGCUGCGUCAGCAGGCGGGUGGAUCAAGUAAACCCACCAGUCCUGCGCGAAGACCUCCCAUCCCCGGACGAAUGUCCCGCACUUCUUCGCUGCUUUCGGUGCACGAGGCGUCAAGUCCUGCGCCUAUCAAGAUCCCUGCCCAGCAAACGCCUCGGUCGAGACAAGAGCUGGAGACAGAAGCGAAGCUCUUGCGUGAUCAAGAAGCGUAUGAGCAGCAGCUGGAGGAAGAGGAAGCUCGACAGCGAUACGCGCAACGAGCGCAGGUUGAGAAGCAGACGUUGGUCAACCCUUCGAAUCCAAGCAAGAACCUCAAGGGCGCAGCCACACAGCUGCUCCGAUGGCAGCAUCUGUUCCCGAGACGGUUGAACCACCAUGCUGUCAAGUGGCGAUCAAUGACGACGCCAGCAUGUUUGCCUCUUACUACGCUCUACCUGCCGACAGAGAGCGAUUUGGCCGCCAUGUGGAGCGAGCAUCCUCACACCACAUCGAUUUCGGCAGAGACAGCUUCGUUCUUGCUUAAGAAAUCGAGCUCCACCCAUCCAGCUCUAGCUGUUCUUCGAGAGAUGGCGUAUCACCGCUUGGCACAGGGUUAUCAGUUCAUUGUGCCAGCCAGCAAGCAGACACGAGCUGUUUCGAGUCGCAAGCUCGUCGAUCCCAAACACUUUACAUUACGAUGGCCAUCCGAGUUGCUUCAGCCAGGCAACCUCGCGACGGGUAACCCGAUCUUUCUCAGCGUGACCAACCAGAUUCACCGCAUCUCUUACGACCGAUCCACGUCAGCGAUCAACGUCAAGCGCUAUGUUCGCAACACCAACUAUUCGACGGAUCCCAUCGACUACGAGUGCUGUAUCUGGCCACGACAUUUGCCUGGCUAUCAGACAGUGAAGGCGCGCUUCGUCUAUCCUGACUCGGCGAGCUACAACUGGACCUACCUGGAUUCGUUGAUCGCCGGCUACGUGGAUGAGAAGUUCGUCGAGUCGUUGAGAUACUGGCGCACGCGGUUCGUGUUGGUGCCAUCCGAGGGGUCACCUCCGCCGAUGAGGGCGCCGACGGGAGAAGAUCUGAAUGAUGAGGAGAUUCGGCUGAUCGGGACGGACAAGUUGGCCGAGCUCUUCCAUCGCGCAAGGUUUGUCAGGAGCAAAGAGGAACGUGAACAGACGCACGUUCAGAGGUUCUUGCCCACUUCGCUCGAUCCGGCCAUGUCACUGCAAGACGACGACUUCAUGAAGCAGCUCGCUGAAGAAAAUGCCAAGCAACGGGCGCAGUCGGCAUCGUCAAAGAAACGUCUGAAUAAGACGAUCAGCGGCCGCGCGCUCGAGGCGGUGUCACGCGACAUGCGUUCCGGUGGGCUGGUGAUCAACGAUAGGAUCUGGCACCGCAUGCUGUACUCGGACACCUUUACGGGUGCAGACAUGGUUUCGUGGAUGUGCAUUGAAUAUACUGACGUGCGGUCUCGAGAGGAAGCUGUCGACUGGGGGAUCAGGUUGAUGCAAGAUGGCUUGUUCGAACACGUGCACAAGUCACAUGGGUUCUUGGAUGGCCAUUACUUCUACCGGCUCAAGAGCGAGUACGCCGGAACUCGGGGGCCCAAAGGUUGGUUCAGGGGAACGGAUAGUCAGCGUGGAUCUUUUGCGGAAAAAGAAAGCUUGAGCAGGCCACUGGUGCAUUCCAGCGGUCAGUAUGCUGGAUCGAACACGGGCGAGACUCGAGGUGUCUCUGGCGGAGAAGUCGUUAGCGAAAAGAACGCUGUUGCAGUAGCGGGAACGACGAGCACGAGCUCUCGCUCUUCUGCGGGCCGACACUCUCGCAGCUCGUCGCUGCACCUUGCGCAUCCACCGUCGCUAACCAUGUCUUCCAGCCACACCGCCGGCGGCGGCGGAGGAAAGAAGAAGAAGAAGGUGCAACUGUCACGAAGUCUGGUCAUCGACGUUGAUCCCGGUCGACGUUCGGACCGAGCCGAGGUGGCGUUUCUGCACCACGAUAUUGCGCACAAUCCAGCGAAUGGGUUCAAUUUCCAGAUCCAUUGGCUGUCGACUUCGGCGCGGUUCAUCGAGGAUGCGGUGCAGUCGUGGACGCGCACGUUGGAGCGGUACGGGUUGCGGCUGAUUGAGGCGCCCAUUGGGCAGAUCAAGGAUGUGUCUCUGCACAAUCCGUUUCAAGCGCCCGUGCAGAUCGAGCUUUCUUUGCCCCCGCCGAGCCCGGCGACAUAUCGCUCCAAGCUUCCGCGCGGGACGCUGCCGGAGCUGUGGUUUGAAUACGCCUUGCUGCGCCGGUUCGGAUUUGUAUUGGAUCAAGAGGCGAGCGCACGAUAUCCCAAGGAUGUCGAGAUCACAUACAGCAGUCGUCCGAACACGUUCGAGUUCAGCCAGUUCGUGCAUCGAUCCGGUGUAGCGUUCGUGCAAGUGCUUGGUGGGCUCGAUGGAUUCUUGUGGCUCAACAACCGGCUAUACAACAGUCAUACGCAUGCAUUGUCGCAGCGACAUCAGCACCGCGAUCCUCGACAUGCUCAGCAGCAGCAACAGCAGCAGCAGCAAGGUGUCGUGGAAGCGGCCGAGGCGGAUAAGCUGAGGUUGGAACUCACACGCUUCUGCUCGGACCGGGAUGAAUUAGAGCGGUUUUACAGGAGGGUGCUGGCGCAGUUGCUGCAGGUGGAGAAGGAGGAGAGUGAGAGGGAUGAGUUGGCCAAGGAGUACGCGAGAGGUAUCUUUCAACAAGCAGCAGGCGAAGAUGAAUUGAGCAGGAGGCAAGCAAAGAGUCGACAGGGCAGCAACAGCAGCUCUGGUACCAGCGCUGACAGACCAGGUGCGCUAUACGCCUUGUCGCAGCUCUCCACAGGCAGCGAGAGGAAGAGCGACGCUUGA